CUGCUGGACGCCAGUUCGGCCGCGCAGGCGCAGAGGGCAUCCUUGGGAUUGUGGGAGAUGUAGUUUUCUUGUCUCCCUAAGGAUCCGCUGGGCUGGGGGCGUGGCGUGGCGGCUCCUCUGGCCGGAAACAGUGGCUUUCUGGGCCGGGUGGGGCCUGAGCCGACGCGGAGUCGGGCUCUGUAAGACCGCCAGGGGGCGCUGGACGUAGGAACCGCCGGGCGGCGGCACCCGGGCUGAAGACCGGACCGGAAGUGCCUGCGCACCGCGGCGGAAUGCUCCGCUGAGCACCUGGGGCCGCCACCCGCAGACCAUGUUCCUGGCGCGUCUGGCAUCUCAGCUGCUCAGGGUCGCUCCCCGGGCAGGCCUCCGUGGGCCCGGGCCCGCCUCAGGAGUGCUGGGCAGCCAUGUCUGCAGGCCCCGCUACAGCACGCAACCAGCAGGCCCGAGUAGGGUUGCCAUCCUCCCAGGCAAGGGGGUCCAGCUGGAGCUCGAGGAGAUGCUGGUCCCCAGGAAGAUGUCCAUCAGUCCCCUGGAGAGCUGGCUGACCGCCCACUACCUCCUGCCCAGACUGGAUGCUGGGGUCCCAGGGACUGUGGCGCCUGCCCAGGCCUACGAGUGUCCGCCUAGCCAGGUGGGGGGAGGGGCUGAGCACGGGCGGGAGGAGGUCCAGGAUGCACCCCAGAUUCAGUGCAAAAACGUGCUGAAGAUCCGCCGGCGGAAGAUGAACCGUCAUAAAUACCGCAAGCUCGUCAAGAGGACCCGGUUCCUGCGGCGGAAGGUGCGGGAAGGACGCCUGAAACGGAAGCAGAUGAGGUUCGAGAGAGACCUGAAGCGCAUCUGGGUGAAGGCGGGCCUGAAGGAAGCCCCUCCAGGCUGGCAGACCCCCAAGAUCUACCUCAGGAGCAAGUGAGUGCCGAGCGCCUCGGCCCCGAUGCUGCUGCUGUUCUCGAGUAAUAAACGCUCACGGAGCCCCGCUGCUCCUGCUGCCUGCACCCC